CCACGGUGUAGGACAUCUUUCAGCACACCAAACACCAAAUCUCCUCCUGGAGAUGUAAUUGAUCUUCCAGCUCGUUCGUGAGCCCAUCGACCGGCGAGCAUGGCUAUUCGCUCACGACAUGGCUGCAUCGAUUGCAAACGGGCCAAAGUCAAAUGCGACGAACUCCAUCCAUGGUGUGGCACUUGUAAACGACGAGGCAGACAAUGCAGCGGCUAUCUUGACGUUCCCAAGCCUGCCAAAUCACGAGAUUCGAGACCCACUGAUGGCGGCUCCCAACAUCGUGCUCUCAGAUCCAUCGCCUCCGAGAUAAGCAGUCCUCUCGCGAGUUCAACUCCGCCGGGAAGUCCAACAGCAUUGGACGUAUCUGUCUACAAUCUCCGCUCGCCCGCCACAAUCGAUGUAGUAUCUACAAGUGCACCUCCAAUCCGUAAAUCACUGGUUCCAAUCCCUCCGGGCUCAGUUAACCCAUCCGAUGAACCCUUCAUCGAGGCUUACUUCCUCCGUCACCCAGCAGAAUCCGUCUUUGGUCCGGAAUUCAUCGAUGAGAUGAAUGCCAUGGUGCUCAAGGUCUUCCAGAAUAGUCCUGUCGCUGUCGGUGAUACUUUGUCUGCCAUAGGAGAGGCCUAUCUCAAGGAUAGCUCGGGCGAUAGUCUGGUUCACAUUCCCAAUCGCAGGGCUCGGAUCCUUCAGCGCUUACGCAACCUGGACACUCUGGGGGUCAGUCUAGAGCUACUGUUGACCACCAUGUUAGGAUUAUGUGCUGUAGAGCUUAUCGACGCGAAAGACCGACCUCGGCAGAUGACUUCUCUUCCUGUGUUAUUGGAGAACCUCUCCAUGAUGUUGGAUCAUCAUUUACGCCGGGGCUAUGAUCUGACUCAGUUAUCCAAAUACUUUCUCAGAGCUUUGGCAAGACAAGACAUGAUGAUUUCUCUCGCUAAAUUCCAGCGUCCCAGAAUUCCCACGAUAUAUUGGCUUGACGAUAUUUCAAGCCACCAUGCCGACCGAUUCAUGGGCUACACAUGUACGUUAAUGCCACUCAUGAGCGACCUCUGUGCCCUGGCCGAGGAUUUUCGACACGCACGAGCCAUCACUUUCAAUACAGUAGACGAUCCGGAGUCUUCGCGCUCGUUUGAUGAAAUGGCUGUGCUCCUCGACCGAGCUUCCGAGCUGAAAUCUCGCAUACAACUUUGGCAUCCCACUGUGGAUAGCACUCUGUCCUUCCGGUCAUCCAGACAGUUCCUACUGCAUGCUAAUGCCUAUCGCAGCGCUUGCCUACUCUACCUGCAUCGACUGGUCAGCCCGGCUGGUGACACUGUCGAGGCUGACCAAGCUGCGUUGGUCAUGGCUUACGAGAUUAUGGUUCACACCUCCGGCUCGGAAGAUGACGUGAAAAUGGCGCUGUGGCCAGUCUUUCUUGCCGCCUGUGAGGUUAGCAGUGAGGCCGACCGCAUGACCGCUGAUAAUAUGCUUCAAGUCAUCUGCGGAUCGCGGAAAACCGCCACAUCCUUCCAGAUACGUUCUUUCGUCAAAGAUCGGGUAUGGGACGCUAGAGACAACGGACGAGACUGGAACUGGAUGGCCUUGAGCGAACAAUACCCCGACGAAAAUCUACCCAUCUGACGACUUGUGUUGUUCUCAUCGACCUAAAUUAAUUGAAGGAAUGUGAAUUGUCCCGCAACGGGGCCAAUGAAUCAUCUGGCCGCUUGUUCUGCCGACAAGAUGCAAGCUGCGUCAACUUGAUUGAUGCAUUGGCUAAAGCUCAUCCCCAUUUGGUGGCUUGGAAAUGAACACUGGUCGGAGUUGAGAGUACCACCUGCUCUCACACAAUACUCCUACUAACGAGGGAGGUCUCUCUAACUUGGCGGCUACGUUCGAUUGGUUCUUUCCAUCAUUUUCCCAUGAAAGACGCUGGCUGAUCGCGCCUUUCCAUUCACCACCAUUCGGUUAGUGGCUCCUACCGUUAAAGUGUCGACCGAGGAUUCGAAUGCCUUCUCCUCUCUCGUCCGAGGAUGUCUUUAGCAACCAACAUCAGUCACAUAUUCUUGGGUAUACAUUUCCACCAGUAUUCUCACCAGCCGCUGAUACCCACCCACAAUUUGAGUCAUGGAACACUACACCUCUCCCACAGAAAUCGAAACUUUGGUUUUUACUCCUGUUACCCAGCUUCCCUCAAACCUCAGAACCCCCGCACCAGCUACGAGACAGUUUGUCAUAUAUCAUACAUUGGAAACCCCUUGCAAACGUCACGAAGAGAUGGACGCUUAGGACCUCGAUCCACCCGAAACCAAUUUCAGGGUAUUUCGUGACUAUCAUUGGGGGUUAGACGGCACUUCCGGGAUCGCAGUAGCGCUAACACGCAACCCCGACUUGACAUAUCUCCCACUGUCAGCGACUUGCGAAGGCUGUCGAUUUUAUCCUGAGCCUUGGAGAACAGUCUGCUUCUCGGUCAGCGCGGUAUCAGCCGUCGUCCAAGGCGAAAUGCGGCGCGCCGUUGGAAUUUCCUUUCGAGCACGCUCGCCCAACAACAUCGCACGACGAAUCCCAGAAUCUGCAAGACCCCAUCCGACAUCGCAAAUGCUGGACAGGAUCACAAUACUGGCAGUGCUGCAUGGGCUGAUGCGACUCAAAACAAUUAGUAACACCGAAAGCUUACCAGACAAAUUUGAAAACAUCAUCGUCAUGACGGAUCAUUGUUUUGUAAUGUCUCGAGAAACUCGGCACGAAAUGACAGGGGUGCGUCUGGGAGGACCAGUUCGAAGCCCACAAGCAGAUGUUUUAGCGUUGUUGAAUGACUAUAUAGAAAGUCUGGGAAUCACUCUGGCUUGGAAAGUCUAUUUUCGGUUCUGCUCAGAGACGAAUGCUCGGAACUUGGCCCUCUCUGCCCUCCACGACGAUCUUCCACGUAAUCCGACGGUGGAUGAUGAAAGAGACGGGGUUCGGGAGGGAGUAGCCCUUUAAAAGUCCAUGGAGUGGAGCAGAGGGCUUGUCUUGUCCAAAGGGUCAUUUUCGACUGUCCACUACAGGACAAGCAAGACCUUCAGACUCUCUCUCCCCCCCUCCCUCUCUCUCUCUCUCUCUGAGGGUGAAAACUUCAAAUUGCGGCUAAGUGGGUUGGACUGAAUACACUGAUAGGACGACUCUCGGGGCUGGGAUAAUUAGAUUGAUGAUUCAUUUUUGUUUUCUCAAAUUGUUCUAGUAUCGUUCAAUUACUGUUGAUGGUUUGUUGCCAUUAGUGAUGGGCGAAUAGGAUACAUUUCCAACAGGCAUGAG